AUGAACGAGAUAAUUUUCGGGGAUCCGGGCCCGGGCUGCGGGAUCCGUGAGAUUUUGGUCUUGGAAAGAAUCCAGAAAGAUGAGCAACAGGUCCAGGAAGGCUUCUGAUCCGGAAAACCCGGAAAAAUCCCAAGAAAAAGACCCGAAACCAUGAACGAGAGAUUUUUCGGGGAUCCGGGCCCGGGCCGCGGGAUCCGUGAGAUUUUGGUCUCGGAAAGAAUUCAGAAAGAUGAGCAACAGGUCCAGGAAAGGCUUCUGAUCCGGAAAGACCCGGAAAAAAAUCCCAAGAAAAAAAGACCCGAAACCAUGAACGAGAUAAUUUUUCGGGGAUCCGGGCCCGGGCCGCGGGAUCCGUGAGAUUUUUGGUCUCGGAAAGAAUCCAGAAAGAUGAGCAACAGGUCCAGGAAGGCUUCUGAUCCGGAAAACCCGGAAAAAUCCCAAGAAAAAGACCCGAAACCAUGA